AUCACUCAGCACCCAAGGAACUUGCUGGUUUAGGGGGUCCCCGUCUCCCCAUUAUUUCUGCCAUUGUUUUUGCUUGUGGUUAAUUUGCCCUGUUUCUGUGUAAUUGCCCCUUUCAGUCUGAGCACUUACCCCCCCCCCCACUCACUGGUCCCUCAGGCCGACGCCCGAACAUGGACCAACCCGUUCUGUACAACCAACCUGCCUUCCCCAACUUCAGCUACAGCCCCGGCCUGGGGCAAGAGGGGGGCAACUACCAGUACUUGGGGAACUACAAUGCCCCCUCCUACCCCCAGCCGUUCUUCCAUGUGCCCCCGGCUAUUAAAUCCGAAUAUGGAGCCCAGGACGAGGUGACGGGCGGGAGCUGCCAUGCUGCCCCCUUUGACUGGCACCUGUACCCCCAUUUCCAGUUCUCUAACCAGGUGGGUGCCCUCAGCUCCGGAGACCCAAGCCCAGAGGGCAGGAAUGAGGAGGAUCAUGGCUCUAUCAGCGAAGAGAGGUCUUCGGGCACCCCUUCCCCCAACUCUCCCAUGGUGCCCUCCUAUGCCCAAUACUGGCACCAUGCCCCCUGGCAGGGGAAUCCCACCGGGCAAGCUCUCGGCCUGCCAAGCCGGGCCCAUCCCGAUGGGGGGGAAAAGCCCCAACAGUCUGAUUGUAGCCCAACCGCGUCUCUGGAGAGUGGGGCGUCCAACACCGAGGAUGAGGAGGUCUCUAGCGCCCUCUCCAGUAGGGCAGAAAGGGGGCUCUGUAGCCCCUCUCCCAAUAAUGCCUCCUUUGGCUCUGGCAACGAAGAGGAUGGAACGACCCUGGAGGAGAUGGAAGAGUUUGCCAAGGAGCUGAAGCAGAAGAGGGUGGCGCUGGGUUAUACCCAGGGGGACAUUGGGCACGCCCUGGGCAUAUUAUAUGGAAAGAUGUUCAGCCAGACCACUAUCUGCCGCUUUGAGUCCCUGCAGCUGACAUUCAAAAAUAUGUGUAAACUCAAACCCCUAUUGGAGCAAUGGCUGGGAGAGGCGGAGAAUAACGACAACCUACAGGAGAUGAUCCACAAGGCCCAGCUGGAGGAGCAGAACCGUAAGCGGAAGAUGAGAACCUGCUUCGACAGUGUUCUGAAGGGCCGGCUGGAGGGCCACUUUAUGUGCAACCAGAAGCCGGGGGCCCGGGAACUGGCCGAAAUCGCCAAAGAACUCGGCCUGGAGAAAGACGUGGUGAGAGUCUGGUUCUGCAACCGGCGGCAGAAGGAGAAGAGCAAAUCCAGAAUGUCCAAGGCCCACGAGUUUGUGGGCGGUGCCAGCCCGGUGCCCUCCCCUGCGGAACACAUCUCCCAGGACUACGGCUUGGCCCCCCUGCACCCCAACCGGCCCCCCUUCUACCCACCCCCCUUCCCUCGGAACGACCUGUUCCCCCACAUGGUGCCGGGGAUGUCCAUGGGGGUCCUGACCGGCUGAGCUGCUGAUUUUAUUCUAGAACCUUCUGCCCAGAACUUGCCUUAAUGGUGGGGGGGGGGGUUGCUUUUAUUAUUUUAUGUGAGGAAGAGGAGUCGGGGCAGUUGCUGAACUACAACUGGGCGAGCCUCUGGGGUUCGGACCUGGGCCCCCCUGGCGUUCCUUUGUCUGGACCUGGGGGGGGGGGGGUUGUUUAAGUGCCCAGAUUGGACAGUUAUGAUGAUAAACCAGCACUUGUUAAUUUGCACUGCAUUAUGGGAAGGGGUGGGGGGGUAUUUCUACUGAUGAGAUUGGCCUAAGCUUUAAUGAUGCCCAUUGGGUUUAAAUGAGAUACAAAGUAGCAGCAGUCGGUUCCGAGUCUGUAUCUGUUUAUAUUCUCUGCACUGCUGGGUCCGACUCCGGAACCGGCCGGACAGAUACUGGUGUAAGGCCUCCGAUGGACCCAGUACCGGUUACCGACGCUGCCCCAUUAGUGUUUGUUUGUCAUUGGAAUAUCGGUUUGCUCUAAUGUACACUGGCAUGGAUUGCAAGCUCUUGGGGCACUCCUGUGUGCAGAUUAUUGGUCAUAGCUACAGAGGGGGAGGGGCCUAAAGGUGCCCACCUACUGCUGCGGGAGUUCAUCACCUCCCUGCAUUAAAGGGAUGGGGUGGGGGUGACUAAAGCGGUUAUUUUAGCAAUCCUUAUUGCAUGGGGGGCAGUAACUGUAUCUCACUGUGUAACCUCUGGUCUGUGUGUAGGUGCCCAGAGCAUUCCCUUGGGAAACUGGGAUUAAUGUUAUAACGCUGGGAAUUGGGUUAUAUCAUCCCCAGAGCCUUUUCCUAUAACCUGAUGUGUGACCUGAUUCUAAUAAAACUGCCUUAUUCUUCCA